AUGUUGAAGAAGCAGUUGAAGAAGUUAGGCUAUACAACUUCGCGGUUAGAUUUUGAUGCUGGUUUGGAAAAAUUUAAAGAAACAAGCCCACAAAUUGCAGCAUGGAUUGAUCGUAUUCUGAAGGAGAAGUGGAGUAUUGCUUAUGAUGCUGAAGGAAGACGAUUUGGCCACAUGACUACAAACCUGUCAGAGUGUGUGAACAAGGUCCUUAAAGAUUUCGUUCCUCUUCAUUCUAUAACUUAUCACCAACCCUUCAAUGUACUUUUCCCUUCUUUAUGCACAAACGCUUCUUCUUCAUACAUCAUCAUCAAUCUUGUUUUCUCACCCGAUUCUUCUCUCGAAGCUUCCAAAGGAGCUCGUUUCGACGCCUCCCAGAAGCCCGAUUCAGUUUUUGACUUGUUCAGAAAAUGGGGUUUCUCAAAACCCCACUUGGAUCAUAUCAUUACAAGGGAGUCAUGGUUAAUUUCUUGCAACCUCAACAAAAGGGUUGUGCCAAAGUUUCAAUUUUUACUCUUCAAAGGUGCUUCUUCCUCUGACAUUGUUUUCAUAAUAACCAAGACACCGAGACUCCUCCGCCGAAGCCAUGAGAAUCAUAUAGUCCCUACAUAUGAAUUGAUGCUUAGAUUCUUACCAUCUGAUAAAGGAGACCUUGGCUUUAUAUUCUCAUCAACUCAAUUGCUCAAGCGGGUGGAGAAAUUAAAGGAAUUGGGGUUUAACCCUUCAACUUCAAAGUCAGCUUUUAGUGGUGCAUUGCUUGCCAAACAUACUGUCAAAGAAUCCAAGUGGGAUGAGAAAGUUGAUGUCUUUAAGAAGUGGGGUUGGUCUGAUGAAAACAUUCAUGAAGCAUUUGGGAGAAAUCCUAAUUGUAUGUUAGUAUCUUGUGAUAAAAUUAAUGCUGUGACGAGUUUUUGGGUGAAUGAGUUGGGUUGGGAUGCCCUGGCCCUUGUCAAAGGAAUAAGUAUUCUUGGCAAUAGUUUGGAGAAAAGGAACAUUCCAAGGGCUUUUGUUGUCCAGUAUCUACUGGCAAAAGGUUUGAUAGACAAUAAUGACAGCUUAUUGUUGCCUUGCUAA